CGAAGUGAUUAUUGACCGACAACCUAAGAGUUCUUAAAUAUCAAGAGACCAAAAGGAACUCCAGUUAGUCGCAAGUGGUCUUACCGGUGUAACUGUUGUGAUUGAAGGGACAAAAUGAAGAUUUUUGUGUGUGUGUUGGCCCUGGCCACAUUGGCAUAUGCCCAACAGUUCAAAUGUCCACCAAAAGAUGGCCAAUACGAAGACGCCAGACAGUGUGACAAAUACUACGAAUGUGAAGACGGAGUAGCUAGGGAAAAAUACUGUCCGGAUGGUUUGGUUUUUGACCCAACGAUCCGCAAGAUCAACAAAUGCGACCAGCCCUUCAAUGUAGACUGUGGUGACAGAACUGAACUACAACCACCACAAGGGAAUUCCAAUUGCCCUAGGAAAAACGGUUUCUUUGCCCACCCUGACCCGACCGUCUGCGACAAGUUCUACAAUUGCAUAGAUGGGGAAUUCACCGAACUGCCAUGCACUGCUGGUCUACACUUUGACGAAUUCAGUGGUACCUGCGUGUGGCCCGCUGGAGCAGGAAGAACCGGCUGUACAGAAAGAGGAAAUAAACUGAAGGAUGGUUUCGAGUGUCCCAAGGAAUCUCAAGUAGACGCCAACGGUCAACGUACAGUGCAUCCAAAAUACGCCCAUCCAACCGACUGCCAAAGAUUCUACGUGUGCCUGAACGGUCAAGAACCUAGAGACUUGGGAUGCCAGGUUGGGGAGGUCUACAACGAGGAAAGCCAGAGGUGCGACGCACCAGAAAAUGUACCCGGAUGCGAAGACUGGUACAAAGAUGACCCACCAGUAUCUCUAUCCAAACCCAAGAAGUCUCGCAAAUAAGACCAAGUUCCUCUCUAAUUUUUCCUUUAAAUACAUAGUGAAUCUGUGAGAGACAUUUCGAACUGACGUGUCGCUACAUGAGAGGGUUGGUGCCCCACCAAUAGCGAACUAUAAAAGUAAAUUCUAAAAAAUCGAUUCACCAUUGAAAUUCCCUUUUAUCCAACAAGAAAAAAACGCCACCUGAUUUCAUAGUGAGUCUUACGGAUUACGUUUUAAGAGCACAUUGUUGAAGCACAUUUUGUUUUUUUUUCCAGAGGCAUAUCUUUUGUGAACUGAUAUUAGGUUUUGUACAUUCGAAUGUCGAUAUUCUGAAAUAAAUAUACUUUUUUAAG